UUCGUUCAUUCGUUACGUUCGUUCUUCUCUUCGUUUCGUUGUUUCGCAGUCACGUCACUAGGAUAAACAACAGAAAAAUCAUUCGGAAAUAUUACACGUGUUAAAAUUUGAAAUAUUUCAGUUUUGAUUCAGGAGAGAGAGAGAGGAAGUGGUGGAGAGAGAAAGAGGAGAAGAAAAAAUGUCUGCUACUGUCUGCUAUAGGUGCAACCAAUCGGGUCAUUUUGCCCGAGACUGUUCCCAACAAGGAGGAGGAGGCGGCGGCGGCGGCUCCAGCUACUCGUCCAGCUCCAGGGGAGGGAGGGAGAAAUGCUACAAGUGCAACAGGUUUGGACACUUCGCCAGGGAGUGCAAGGAGGAGGAUCGCUGCUACCGUUGCAGUGGCGUCGGCCACAUCGCUAAGGACUGCUCGCAGAGUUCUGACGAACCAUCGUGCUACAACUGCAACAAGUCUGGUCACAUUGCCCGCAACUGCCCUGACUCUGGGUCUCGUGGUAACUUCGCCACUUGUUACAACUGCAACAAGUCUGGGCACUUUGCGCGGGACUGCCCGGAGAGUGGGAAGACUUGCUACGUUUGCGGAAAGUCCGGACACAUUAGUCGGGACUGUGAAGAAAAGAAUGGGUAACUUUUUUGGGUAUUUUAACAUUUGUUGUACGGAAUAUUUGGGAAUCAAGACGUCCAAAUUGUAUGCUUUAUGAAUAAAUUUUAUUUAUGAA